AUGAGAAAUUCAAUUGCUGGUAGAGUUUAUCACUGCGCACAUAGAGGUUUAAGGAAGUUUGGCCUUCCGUCUGCUCUUUACUCUCGUCAUAUUCAUGAAAUUCCAAUCCCAGCAUUCCCAAAACCUGGCUCGUACCUCGUUUUUGACAGCUUCAGAAAAUAUCCGCAGCACGGACUUUGUUUCCCGUCGAUUACCCUCCUCCGCCGUUUGCAUGUCAGUUGCCCUACUGAGCAAGCUUGCAAGGACUCAGUCGACGGUGAGCUCUGUGCUUUGUGCUUCGUAGAGAUUUUUCUGCGUACCACUUGUUUGAUAAUUUGUCUCAUUGAUGGUUUCUGCGAGAAUUUGAGUGUCAAAUUGGUUUUGCUUGGAUUUUCAUGUGUACGUAAAUCUUCAGAUGAGUCCAAUGGAGAAGUUGAACCAAUUGAUACGUGGGAGGAAGAGGAUGAAGCCGAGCCUGAGAUUGGUGAUGGAGGUGAUGGUGGUGGGAUCGUUCUGCAUAAUUGCCCUUGGGGCCAAAGGGCUCUAUCCAUAGCCCUAGAGUUACUGCAAGAUUUUGGUGAAGACAUGAAGAUUUAUGCAUUCAAAACUUCUCCUCGAGGGUACAUUUAUGUGAGACUCGACAAAAUUCCGAAUGAAUACGGGUGUCCGAGCAUGGAGGAGAUUGAAUCUUUCAGUCGAGAAUAUAAGAAAAAAUUGGAUGAAGUUGGUGCACGAGGAGAAAUCCCUGAUGAUUUAGCUCUUGAGGUGUCGAGCCCAGGUGCCGAUAGGCUGCUAAAAGUUCCGGAUGACCUGUUAAGGUUCAAAGAUUUGCCAAUGUUAGUCAGCUACAAGGAUAAUCCGAACACUAAAUGCCAAGAGAAAAAUGGAGUUUUCUUUCUUGACUCAAUUGAAACCGAAUCAAGAUGCUGCAUUUGGAAACUGGCAGACGUGAGGGAAAAUCUAGAUCCUUCAGCUAAGGGGAGGCCACUGAGCCUGAAGGUUGUUAUUUGGACGGCUUCUGUUUAUGACUGGAAUUAUGACUUGGGAUAUGAAGCAAGUUUGGUUAGAAUCUUUUGCCAGCAGGAUUUUUGA